AUGUCUGUUGUUGGAUCCCUUAUAUUCUGUCUAGAUUGCGGUAAUUUAUUGGAUAACCCGAGUUCAGCAGUCGACUCAUCAGAAAUCGAAUGUUCACAAUGUCAAGCCAAAUAUCCUAAAUCUAAAUUUUCUGAUUUAAAAGUGGUCACCAGCACCGCAGAUGAUGCAUUUCCAUCAGCAUUAAGAUCAAAGAAAUCUGUGGUGAAAACAUCGCUGAAGAAAAAUGAAUUGGAAGAUGGGGCUGUCAUUAAGGAAAAAUGUCCAAAAUGUGGGAACGAUGAAAUGCAUUAUCAUACUUUACAAUUAAGAUCUGCAGAUGAAGGUGCUACCGUGUUUUAUACAUGCACUUCAUGUGGUUACAAAUUUAGAACUAAUAAUUAG